GAAAUGACGUCCAGAACUUCCCUCGCCGCGGCUCUGUUGGUGGUGGUUCUCCUGGUGGUGGCGCUUUCGUCGGCGCAACAGUACCCGCCGCCCGGACGGCCUGGCGGCAAUGGUCGCGACUGCAACUACAUCUGCUUCCUGGACAACUGCAACCGCCGCAAGUGCUACUACACCUGCAGCAGGCCAAGCUACUGCGAGGACCAGGCGUCACUAUUACUGUCCGGAGGUUCAGUGGACGGCGUAGUACGGGGGCCUCCAUCACCGGCCGACGACGUGGACGGCACGGACGUUCCCGACGUUCCAUCGGCGCCCUCAGCGACGCCAAGCGCCUGA